GAACAUACAUAAGCCCCCAUAGAUAGGGAGCAUCAAUAGUGAACAUCUAUCAGUUUCAAACAGCAGAACUAAUAACAAGCACGCGGGCGCAGUUAGAAAAAUUAAAAAUAUACAAUGGCCGUUAAGAUGAUUAUUUUUGCCGCCUGCGUGGCCACCGCACUUGCCCAAUACGCCGCCCCAGCAUACCCAGCGCAACACGCUUACGCUCAAGCUGAACACGCGUACGCCCCAACUCCGUACAACUUCGAGUACAGCGUAAACGACCCACACACGUACGACGUACAUAGCCAAUCCGAAUACAGCGACGGCAACGGUUACGUCAAAGGAACUUACAGCCUUUUGGAAGCUGACGGUUCCACCCGCACCGUCGAAUACACCGCCGAUGAUCACAGUGGUUUUAACGCCGUUGUCAAGAACGAAGGUGGAUACAAGGCACCAUCGUACUCUGCACCAGCUUACAAGCCAGCUUAUUCUGCCCCAGCAUACUCUGCACCCGCACACUCCGCUCCUGCCUACAAGCCAGCAUACUAAUUUACUUAGUCGUGCGUGGCACUUUCUGCGAUCUUACUUUUAUUUUUCUCGGUUGACCUUUCAAUUUUAUUGUGUUCACAUUGAACCAUGGUUGCAAUUUUAAACACAGCCAUAUUUAUAUGUAAAAUACUCAGUAUUUAAAUAUUGUAUUUAUCGUGUAAAUAUACAUGCAUACAAAUAUGUAUUUAUUGUAUAAUA